AUGCAGCCUCCCAUGAUUUCAUCGCCCUCCGAGGGUCAUCAGCCGGAACCAAUGAGCGCCAAAAUAUCAUUUUUCGAUUUUGAAGAAUCGGGUGCGUCGGGGUCCAAAAAAGAUAACAAGAGUCUGUCGAUCGACUCCGUUAGUAUAAAGAAAAACAAGAACAAACGACCCAGUUUUGGAGGUCACGAUUCACGGGUCAAUUCUAUUAGCAGCCAAAGCUCUAUUGCGCCUGAGAAAACGAAAGGAAAAAAGAAAACAAACUGGCCAAAAACCAUUGAGUCGGACGGGCACAGAUGGAGUGAGGUGUACUUCGCCCACCCGACCUUCUGCGACGGUUGCCAUCAGUUCUGCUGGGGCAUCAAUAAGAAGCAAGGCUACCAGUGCCGAU